AUGUAAAUGAAAUUCGUAAUUGAAUUGUGGUGCCUUGAAUCCCAUUCUCAAUGCUCUCUCUCUGGUUUCUAUUUUAUGUCUCCUUUCAUUAUGUCGUUUAUUUUGUUUUGUUUUGUUUUUUUUUAAACAGUUGAAGGACUUUGAGAAAGCUGUAAUUUUUCCUUUAUCAGAUGUUUGCUUCGGACCUUGUACAGAUGAGCUCACCGAAGUGAUUAAGAUUGCUAAUCAUGAGAGAAGAAUGCAAGGUGAACGUUUCAUUAGUGUGAAGCAUAUUUUGUUUGGCCUUUCACUUUCAAGAGUUGGUGAAUGUGUCGAGAGGAUCCUCAAUGACAGGGGGCUAAAUUGUUUGGGUGGAUUUCCUUCGAAGCUCUCUUCGUUUAGCAUUUACAAGUUAUCGCGCGAUGCAGCUACCAUUCUUGGUGAUAAGGAUGUAGGACUUGAGCACUUGGUCCUGGCAAUUUUCUUUGGAAAGCAAGAAAGCAAUCGUACAGGGACGGCUGCACAGGAUGAUUGCACUUCUUUGUUCUUGGACGAGGACAAAUGGGAUGAUGAGCUUUUGAAAUGUUUAAGAAAUAGUAACACAGAAUGUGGUGUAGAAAGCUUCGACGACAGUGAUGCUUUCAAAUCAUUGCUACCCGAAGAUUGUUUGGAUGCUGCUGGUAGACCGUAAUCAUGUGGCUUUUUCAUCAUGGAAGAGCUGCACAAGACUUUCGAGUGUGGCUUGAAGUUGAAUGCUAUUCGUGAGUAGAAUUA